CACCAAAGGGUAGGUAAGGUUAACCUUAUCGAUAAAACUGAUAAGAGCGGCUGUUGGGCUAUUCUUACACUGUGGUAAAAGUGUUGAAAGGAAUUGAGAAUCUUGCAACUUUUGCAGUGAAAAAUUGGUGCCAUACUAGGAAGAAAAAGGAUGUAUUUUUCUUAUAUUAUAUGACUUGGGAAUCUGCGAAUGGAUUGUAAAGAACUCAACACCCUUGAAAUUAUCAUGAUGAAUGUGGCAAUCCCAUGCAGUCAGUCCCAUUGAAAGUGCCGACUCCCGAGGUGAUAAUAUUAUGUAAGCCAUUCCUUUAAUACCUGAGGUUAUUUUUACUUGCGCCGGGGUUUGUGCAUUCGAUCCCCGCUGUCCCUGCCGAAUGUAAAUAAUGAAAAUAAACAAACUUCUAAACUCCUAAGCUUAGCAUUAUCGCAACAGAUUUGUCUAUCACGAUAAUUUUUUAAUUUUUUUUUGAUAUGCCUAGAGUCGUACAAAAUCGAAAUGCGAGUAGGGGCGGAGUUGCUUCUGGCUCUUUAUCGACUCCAGCAAAAUCUCCCGUGAAGUAUGAAUUCCCUGGUUGCUAUGGUGUUUGGAAGUCCAUAUCUCUGGCAGAUGUGAUACUUUGCAUCUGCGCGCCGUGCAACAUGAAACUUUUCAUUACUGACUUUAAAUAGAGUGCCCUUAAACGAUACAUCGCCAGUGAAAUUGGCUCUCAAUGAUGAUGCGCAAGAAAAGGCAAGACGAUUAAAAUCAAGAAAUGCUCACCACGAAACUCAGAUGAACGAAAUCAAAAAAGCCGCGACCCCACGAAAAUUGGUGAAUUUUAAUCGAGCAGGGAGCUCCUCGCCAUCUUCAAACCACAGAACCCCAGGGCGUAUAGGGAAAGAGAAUGAACUCGAUGGCGGGGUUAUGAUGGUGGGGGGAAACGCAGUAACCCCCAUGAAGCGUGUUCCAAUUCUCGCAAAUUUCGAAGAAUGGAUGAAGAUGGCCACAGACAAUAAGAUCAAUGCUGCGAAUUCCUGGAACUUUGCGCUGAUUGAUUAUUUCCAUGAUAUGUCACUUUUGAAGGAGGGUGACGGGGUCAAUUUCCAAAAGGCCAGUUGCACUCUUGAUGGAUGUGUGAAGAUUUAUACGAGUCGAGUCGACAGUGUGGCUACAGAAACCGGCAAGCUUUUGAGUGGAUUAGCAGACAGCGGGAACAACAAAAAGAAGAGGGGCGAGAAUGAGGAAGGUGAGGGUGAAGGUGAUGAGAGCGAAGAAGAGGUCGAAGACGAAGAUGGUGUUGUCAGGAAGAAAGCAAAGAAAAGGGUACGUCGGAAGCACAUCCACAAUUGUUUUAUUUUCCCUCAGUCUGAGUGCAAGCGCUUUGAUACCUGGUGGAGUCUCAUAGUUGAGAUGUUCAAAUGUUAUCAGUGCGGACCAAAACUAUGUUUACUUCUUAUUUAUCUACCGCAUACCGCAUACUGGUGGAACGUAAUGGGGAUAUUUAGGCCUUAUGUCUAGUGGCACGUUUAAUUGGAGAGGAACACGGACUCUCAUCUGAAUAUAAUACCAGAUGAGACCCUUUCUGUCACAUACGACCAUAGACUGAAGAGAAUUGGGCAUCCCGUCCGCUCUGCCAUACACAAGCUUCAGAUCGGUGGAUUAGUAGUUGGGUGGGUGACCACCAGCGAAUCCCCACUGUUGUAUGUUUAUUUUUGUCAUACAUUUUUACUCGAUCUUUUGUUCCACAGAGGAGGAAAUCCAGUGAAGUGGAAACGAGGGCGGGCGCAUUUCAUCCACAUCUACCUGUGCUAUUGUUCCUCGACCGAUUGGAAGGCGCCAGUCCGAUGACUUAAUGGGCGGUGCCUUGUGUCACACUUUUCCUCCCUACUUAUACUCGCAGCUAUGAGUGCAAAUACUUUUGUUGCUUGCAAUUGAACUUUAAUGUACUAUUAUCGGCUUAUCAGUGAUUCUAUUAAAUAUGUUGUGGUUUGGUGGAUGUAAUCCCUAAUCUUUGUAUUGGUCAAGUCACUAAACCACAAAACUCGAAUUGUAACAACUUUAUUUGGCAAAAUCUUGUCCAUUUCGAACGCAGCAACAUCAUUGUUGCUUACAUGCACUAGAAAACCGUAGCUAAUCAUAAGUUCAGACUCAACGUUCAUCAGAAGCGACUCUCGCAACCUCAUUUUCAGCAUUACAAUUAAAAAAGUUUGAACUUGAGUUUUCUGUUGAUCCUUUAUUCAAAAAAGCAUCUGCAGAUUUUGAUGAGGGCGGAGCCAAAGGUCUUCUCUUAAAUCAUCUCUCAAUCGAUUCUAAAGGACGUAUAGUUUUUGAUAGUAGUGAUGAUGCCGGCGACGCAUCAGCAGAAGGACGGGGCAGAAGGCGAAAGGAUGAUGCUAUUGAAGAGGAUCAGGAAGAAGUUUUAGAAUCGGCAAAUGUUACGCUAAAAGUUGAUGACAAUGAGGACGAAGAUCAAGAUGAUGUAGAGAUAGAUGUGGAAGCUUUGGGCAUCAAGUUUUUCCCAAACUUGGAUUUUCUUGAAGAACAGGAUAUUUGUCCAUCAUUGAAGAAUUUCGACCUCGGAGAUCCUUCUGGUUCUAUGGACAUUCCGUUCUUAAAGGCACCGGAAGAUUGGCGACAAGAUAAAGACAAGACGGAAGACAAUGGGGUAGGUGAUAGGUCGGGCAUUUUCCUCGAUGAUGAUAACCCGGUUGGAUUUGAUGAUGACGAUGAUGGCCUCCUCGGAAACUUCGAUAUUCCAGAUGAUGCUGGAUUUGGUGAAGGUGGUGAAGCUUGGGCUCGUGACGCCGCGAUCGAACCACGAAUGCGAGUUCACGAUGUAGGAUACGACAAUGAUGGCGGCGAUGGCGAGGAUGGAGAAGGACCUGCUGGUUCAUUCAAUCCCGAGACGGGCGAGUACGUCAUUUCUCUUGAUCGUGGAUCAAAGACGGAAGGUGGUCAUGACGAUAUUUUAAGUUAUUUUGACGAGGCCCUGCAAAAGAAUUGGGCCGGUCCCGAGCAUUGGAGGAUACGAAAGAUUAAAGACGUCAACAAACCAGCAGUUACGAAGAUUCGCAAGGAGAAAGAACCUUUCGAGAUUGACUUUAUGUCUCCACUAAGUGCUAGCCUAGCUGAAACUAUCUAUACACAUGCAGCAACCAAUGCUACAAUAUCUCUCCCAAAGAAGGACUGGAAAUCUAAAACGAGGAAUCUUCUUCCCGAUGAUAAGCAUUUUAACUCCAAACAGUUGUUACGCCUUUUCCUUAAGCCCAAAGCUAGAAUGGGUAGUCGAAAAUCUGGAUUCGGAGCAAAAUCCGGAACUUUCGGUCAAAAGAAGGAGGAUGACAUUCCUGAAGGCGAAAUUGGUCAAGAUUAUUGGGCACGAAAAGAAGAACCAGCCCACACGUUGGAGGAUGAAGCUCCACCUCAUGGAGAUUACGAUGCCAACUUCUUCCAAGAUGAUGGUUUGGCAAUGCCGGGUGGUAUUGAUGACGAUGAUGAUAUGGAAUUCGCCGAUGCGCGCGAAGGUUUUUCACCUGGAGCUCAAAGACAAGGUGCAGGUGGUAUCGAUGCUAUCACUGCUAUCCUAAAUGCCGGACCUCAAGGUGUUGACGGCGAAGAGGGUGCUUUUGGUACACAAUUGGUUACACAAAGUCGAAGAUUAAGACCUGAAUAUGUACAAUAUGCUAGAGUUGCUAAGAAGGUUGAUGUGAGGAGACUGAAAGAGGAAUUAUGGAAGGGUAUUGGAUUUAGUGAGCCUGAACAACCUGUGAGUUCCUCGUACCUUGUAUCAGCCCCCAGACUUUAUCACUAACAUAAAUCAAAACAGGAUACCUCCCUUUCCGCAUCACGUCUUCCCGCACCACCACUUAAAUUGCCUACUGAUGAAAAUGAGACCCUCCAAUUCACAACAGUCAUGCAAAACCUCCAGACUGUAUACCCGAAGCAAGUCAUGAAUGAUAUCUCAACCAGUUAUUGUUUUAUCUGUCUAUUACAUUUGGCUAAUGAGAAGGGUCUUGUCAUUGAAAAGAAAGAGGGUUUGAUGGAAUUGGAUAUUAGAAAGGAUCCAACAGCGGAAAUCACAGUCGAAUAACUUUGUGAACUUGAUGAACGAUGAAAUGUUCAAGAUAUGAAAAGAGGCGUUUUGGGUUUAUGCUGAUAUUAUCAUGCCUAUUGGUGGUUUGUGCUUCACUUAGUUUUCUUGUGCUGUGCUUGUGAAUACACUGUAUGUUUCAAUGGUUGGAUUGGAUGCGGCAUGGUAUGAGGGAUUUGGAAGAACGUUUACGUGUUUAUAUUGUGGCAUGGAUUGAACUGAAAUGAGUUGAAAUGGAUGAUAUAAAUUAAGGUCACGAUGAUGAGUAUUAGAAAUGAGGAAUCCGUUCUCGUUGUGAUGAUGAAUUUCAUGAUGAGAUUUUUAAGCGAGGGAUUUAUAGUCACAGAAAAGAAUCAAUUAGUACCAAAGCUUUUUAUUGUCUUUUCAAACUAAAUAAAUCAUUCUUUUUAUAAAUAAUCGAAAAAGUAAU